AGGCACGGUAGCCUAACAGUCAGGUUGGAUACAAAUAAUAUAGACUUGUGGCUUUGGUGACACAAGAGUAACAUGUGGCGAUUCAACUGGCCAUGCAAUGUCCACUGUCGGUAUGCUAUGUUGUUGUAAUGUGAGUCCGGUCUUUGUAACGGGUGGACAGACAUGCUUGGUGCCCCGGUCUUCGACAUGCGUUAUUACCUCAGAUCCACUUACGGUGAAAGUUGUUCUGUUUGACUUGAAAAAAUAUGCAUCUGUUCCGGAGUUACAAUUAUCGAAUUUUCCCGGAUCAUUAUUCUGUGGAAACAUCGACCAUUCGAGGCAUCAGUUGGGUAUGUUAUUAUUCUUGCCUAGAAUAGUAUACCUACAGUUAAUAGCUAAUAGUAUACUAAUAUUGUAAUAAUGAUAAUCAUCAUCACUAGGCUACUUAUCAUCAUCAUUAUCUGCAACAUCAUGUCUUUGCCUUGUGCUUAUUGUUUAGCUUUGAGAUGGUCUGAUGAUAUUGAUGAUGAUGAUGAUGAUGAUAGCGAGUGCUCAUGGGUCCUAAUAUAAUUCUUCAUAAAAACAACUUUUUAUUUUUUCAGAAAGUAAAGUGUGACUAUGACUGAAAAUAUGCUCCAAAUAUUCCCACCCAUGGCAGUUUGAUACAUUGUUUUCCCAGCAAAAAAGGCCUUCAAUAAAUGAUAUAGCCUGUCAUGUGGACAUGUUUUGAGGUAGUAAUGCAGCUCCACAGUACUUGAUGAAAAUAAGGUGGUGGGAGGUAGAACAAUCUCUACAGAAAGUCUGACUGUAGCUGUACACAUGUCACAGUCAUGCUCUGUCUUUUUACCUUUCGAACACACUGCACACUUCACUGAUCAGUUACUAUAAACACUACAAGAGGGGGGAAGAGGGGGUCACACUUGAAAACACUGCAACACUUCAGCAUAAGAGCUUAUGUCAUUGUAUGUGAUUGUGCUACUGUAUUAGUGUCUGUGUGGUGAGAUGUGUGGGUGGUGUGCACUGCAGAGGUGUAGUAUGAAUUGGGCUGUGGAGUCAGACACUGUGUUGGUGGAAGAAGUAGUGGGGGGAGAAGGCUCACCACAUCCACUGUGACACAGUCUGUAUGUGUCCCCAAAACAAAAGCAGCUUCUUGCGUUGCAUGUGAGCAUGGGGAGAAUGCUUAGACUGAGUCGAGGAAUACUCUAUUGUCUUGAGCAUGGGUGCUGGGUAGAGGAGAGGAAGGUAGCAGAGACCCAGCCAAAGUGUUUUUUUUUAUUACUUGUGUUAUUUAUAGUGCAUUGUUUAUUGUUCACCUCGAUCUCCCCAUUCAGUUUACAGGGUAGACGAUAAUGUCUAUUUUCCCCCAGCCACAGGAAGAUUCAGAAUAGUGCUCCUCAAGAAAGAUCUAAAUUUGGCUUUGACUUUGUUAUUGAAUAGAUCAGGAUUAUACAAAUCUAGAGUUAUUAAUCGAAAUACUUUGUGGUUAGCUGAAUCUGUGACGACCUGACUCUAAAAAGGCAUAGGUCUUGUAUAUGAUCAAUAACAACUUAGCAAGCAAAGGUGCCGUCUGUCAGUAGACAGUCCAUUAAAAAAAGUAUGUCAAUGGAAAUAUUACUUACUACCCUGAUCUUGUGUUCACAAGUAUCAACUGGAUUGGCUGUAUGAGCGAUAAAAGAAUCCAAAGAACUAAAAAAUAAAGAUGGUUUAGUAAAGUUUCUAAAUAUCAGUAUGUAAAGUGAGUUUGUUUAUUUGUUUAUGUGUAUGUUGUUUGUCCUCAAGUAGCCUAUAGUUGAUGGCACCUUAAUUGGGGAGAACGGGCUCGUGGUAAUGGCAGGAGUGGAAUUAGUGGAAUGGUAUCAAAUAAAUCAAACAUGGUUUCCACGUGUUUGAUGCCAUUCCAUUUGCUCUGUUCCGGCCAUUAUUAUGAGCCGUUCUCCCCUCAGCAGCCUCCUGUGGUAAAUACACUUAUUACAUUGAUAAUACAGUAAGACACGGAAAUAUAAAAUAAUAGGCUUAGAAUGGAGAUUGAGUUCAGUUGGCCUUAUUAGAACCAUAGUACAAUGCUCCAUGCCUUAGAUGAUCAGGCAAAACAUCAUUAUUCCUAAAGCAUCUGUGGCUUCACAUCAUCCUUGUGUCUGUUUGAUGAUGUUUCUGGAAUGCAGAGGCGGCAUGCAACAACAUUAGACCCAAUUAAACUGGCUUCACACUGGGCGCCAGCUAACUCUAGUUAAUUAAGACAAACAUGACAUGUGUGGUCAGAUACCACCACUAGUAGCAAUGCAGACAGAGUCAUUUUUCUAUAAUUAAUAGAUACUAAUAAGUUCUGUACCCCAGUGUACCUGCUUAUUGCAAUGCAUACCAGUGCUGGGGUGGUGGUGACUCCUGGAGAUAAACAGGACAAAAUGCCUCAGAUUCAUAGAGGUCCUCAUAAUGAGAGGUACGUAGCAAGAAGGGCACUUCUUGACUAGAGGGACAGGACAUGGCAUCUGGUAUUUUCCACUGCAUGCCCCAUACUGCUGCCAGCCCUUCAACUUUGUUUCCUUGAGUUGUUUUCUAAGAUGCAAGGGCUUCUCCAAGGAAAAUAAACAAAGUCACUAUAGCCUACAGGUAUGUCUGUGUGAUGCUACAUCAGCCAAGGUUUUGCUGCUCUGAGCAUGGCAGAGAGAGAGCAUGAGCGACAAAACAUAUGAGAGAGACUUAAGUCUAUUUUAUAGAGUUGGCUAACAGCUGAAAAGGGCAAUAUGCAGUCCCUUGGUUGGGAUCAUGUGACAGUGUUGGCAGUAGGACAGACCAGCACAGUUUACUCUGUCAACAGAAAGGAAGGGUGGAGAGGUCUCCACGCUAGGAGCCAUUGUACACCUGAACUAAGAGAAGAAACACAAUCUAGUACAAUAAUAAGAAAAGGGGAUAGAAGACGAAUACUUCAUUCUUUUCUUGACUGCAAAUGGAGCUGAGGGAAAAAUGAUCUGUUCAAACAUUUUUAUUCUAGCUGCAUUUGAUACCCAAGGGCAUCAAUAACGCUCCCACACAAGGAGAGAAGAGAUGACAAUAUCUUCGUCACUUUCCAUAUUUCUAUUUCUCAGCAAUUGAGCUGGCGAUCCCACACCGCGACCCAGUGAAAACGUGGGGCCUGUAGCUUAUAUAAUCUAUUUUCUUCUGAGUGGCCCUCAAGGCAAGGCACUAAGCACUCACCAGUUAACAAGACCUGGAAAGAUACAGGAGAGAAUGGCCUGAAACAAAGCCCUUGUAAAUGACUGUGUACUCCUCUGACACCUCAGCCAGCAGAGUCCAUCCAUGUCAUGCAACUUAACAGCUGGCUUGGGAACACAAGGCUGUCAGUGAAUCAUAAAAUAAGAGUUAUAAAACAACAAAAGAGGAAGUAGGAAUUAGGCUACAGGAUAGUGUUGAUGAGUUGAGAGGAGGGUUUGCCCAUAUAUCAUCUGGUUUAGGACAUAUAUUGCCUUAACCAGUAGACAUAUAGAAAAACCUAACUGAAAACAAACUGAACACAAUAGUAUGUAUCUCAUUAGACAUUAGAAUAUUUCGGAUUUAAUCUAUCUUUCUGGUCCCACCCAAUGGUUUCUGAGAACAACCAGUUUAGCCAGUUCUGUUGGAAUGCCUAUGAGAGGAAGCCAUAAUAUAUAAUAGGCUUUUUUAUUCAGCAAUGCAUUGAUAUUAUAGGCCUUCUGAACUGGAUGUGAACCUCUAUGAUGGAAUAGUGAAAUUAUGUAAUAGUAGAUGAUGUUUAUUUCUCUCCCGCUUUCCCAUAGACCCCACUGCCAGAGGCCAUUGACACACAGGACAUCAUUAAGCAGGUACGUAGUAUGCCAGUCAGGGACAGUGCCACACACACACCAGGGUUGGGCUCAGUUUGAAUGACAUUUUUAUAUUAUAUUAUUUUAGUUUACUUUGUGAAUUGACUGACUUCAAUUCUAAUUGAGCCCAACCCUGACACACACAAACACACAGUACAGUAGUACUUCACAUCCCUACAGCUAGUCUUAGACCUUAAUCAAUCUGCUCUGGCUUCUGAUUAAUCUUCUGAUGAAUCACAAUCUUUAUGUUGGCCAUUUUGACCUCACCCUCAAAUCAUCUGUUACACCAUAGAAACACCACUUCAGCAUAGUAGAAAUGGUGAAUGGAAGUUCAAGUAAGUAAAUAUAGUACUCUUGAAGCUAUACGUACUUAGGGUUAAACAUUUGUCGUUAUUCAUUUAUGUAAUAUUACAUCAUAUAACGCCCCACAUUUCCUACAGUGUGCCAUGUGAAAUUCUAAGACUCCCAAGACCUUCAACAUACAGUUUGCCUCAAUAUGAUGAUCCAAUGUAUGAGCAUAAUGACAUUCUACAACGAUUUUAGUCAUCUCAGUUAAAUGUCAACCACAACCUGUUGACAUCGGACAUGGCCUUCAGGCUGUAUUUCCAGCUAACUGUUUUUCCUUGGCACUUUUAGGCACUGCGCCAGCCUUUGUUGUUGCAGCGUUGGCAUCCUCUGUAACUGCUGAGCCUGUUCUUUUUGGGUUCCUAAUAACCUCCAUCACUGCUUGAGCAGUGGAGUCUUUAAAAACACAUUCCAAUCCAGGCGAGCACAGCAGUCACAAGGAGUCUAAAGGACACUCCAAGAUCCACAGCUAGCUAACUGCCCCCCCCCCCCCCCCCCCCCUCUUUCCGGCCCCCACUACCCCCCUGCCUGACCAGAUCAGACCCAACCCUCUCACUCCUUUAUCUAACUGCUCCUUCAACAGCCCCCUCACAGGAGAAAAUAGCCUGAUAACGGAGUUGAAAUGGAAAGACAGACCCAUUCCUGACUGGCAUUAUUUUGCCCAAUAUACAUACACACAGUCAGGCAGACACACACACACACUCGCACGCGCACACACAGACACACACACACACAGCCAGUCUUGCUUUGAUGCAUCCAGAAUCUCCAGGAAUAAAAACUGUGGAACAGUGUUGUCUUCUGCUGCAGGAACAAUGAAAACACAGUAGAAGAUCAAUGCCAGUAACUAGGCCUAUACAACAUUAACGUUGAGUUCAGGUCUAUGUUUUGUUCUGCACUUAACAUGUAGGGAGUAUCUUUAAUAAAUAUCCAGUCAGCCUUGGAAUGUUCCUAACUUCCCAAGGGCUUUACUGUGUGAGUGCUGUGUGUAUUUAGGAAAGGGGAGAGAGGAUGCAGGCCUUGUAGCUAAUGGGAGAACAGUAGCGAGGCUACAGGGAGGUUGGCUUUGUUAGUUCCAGGCUUGUUCUUCGUAACAUCAUGGCGGUGAUGGUGCUUUGUUUGGUUGCUAGUUGUUGUUCUUAUGGUGCUUUGUUUGGUUGCUAGUUGUUGUUCUUGUUUUUUAUGUGUUUAGAGCACGUGUCAAACUCAAGGCCUGCGAGCCGAUUCAAUCUGGCCCAAGGGUGGUUUGAGUUUUUUUUUUAAAUAAUGUUUUUUUAGUUUGACAUUUUUUGGAAGCGGGGGGAAACAAUCUUAAUUGACAUUGAAAUGACUAAAACCAAAUAGAAACUGUAAAAAUUAUAAUUGACCUAAUUUUAUCUCUUCACUCUGUCCAGCUUGCUAACAGUCAUCCAAACUAAAGCUAGAGAGUCAGGGAGCAUCGAAAAUGUCAAAAUCGAUGGCUAGAGGACUAUUUAUUUUCAAAUGUUGAUGGCGAGGAAAUAUACAGUGCGUAAAGUAUUCAGACCCCUUGACUUUUUCCACAUUUUGUUAUGUUAUAGCCUUAUUCUAAAAUUGAUUAAAUUAUUUUCCCCCCCCAUCUAUCUACACACAAUACCCCAUAAUGUUAAAGCAAAAACAGGUUUUUAGAAAUGUUUGCAAAUGUAUUAAAAAAAAAAAAAAAAAAAAAAAAAUGUAUUUACAUAAGUAUUCAGACCCUUUGCUAUGAAACUCUAAAUUGAGCUCCGGUGCAUCCUGUUUCCAUUGAUCAUCCUUGAGAUGUUUCUACAACUUGAUUGGAUUCCACCUGUGGUAAAUCAAUUGAUUGGACAUGAUUUGGAAAGGGACACACCUGUCGAUAUAAGGUCCCACAGUUGACAGUGCAUGUCAGAGCAAAAACCAAGCCAUGAGGUCGAAGGAAUUGUCCGUAGAGCUCCGAGACAGGAUUGUGUCGAGGCACAGAUUUGGGGAAGGGUACUUAAACAUUUCUGCAGCAUUGAAGGUCCCCAAGAACACAGUGGCCUCCAUCAUUCUUAAAUGGAAGAAGUUAUGAACCACCAAGACUCUUCCUAUAGCUGGCCGCCAGACCAAACUGAGCAAUCGGGGGAGAAGGUCCUUGGUCAGGGAGGUGACCAUAAACCCGAUGGUUACUCUGACAGAACUCUAGAGUUCCUCUGUGUAGAUGGGAGAACCUUCCAGAAUGACAACCAUCUCUGCAGCACUCUACCAAUCAGGUCUUUAUGGUAGAGUGGCCAGAUGGAAGCCACUCCUCAGUAAAAGGUACAUGACAGCCCGCUUGGAGUUUGCCAAAAGGCACCUAAAGGACUCUCAGACCAUGAGAAACAAGAUUCUCUGGUCGGAUGAAACCAAGAUUGAACUCUUUGGCCUGAAUGCCAAGCAUCACGUCUGGAGGAAACCUGGCACCAUCCCUAUGGUGAUGCAUGGUGGUGGCAGCAUCAUGCUGUGGGGAUGUUUUUCAGCGGCAGGGACUGGGAGACUAGUCAGGAUCGAGGGAAAGAUGAAUGGCGCAAAGUACAAAGAGAUCCUUGAUGAAACCUGCUCCAGAGUGCUCAGGACCUCAGACUGGAGCGAAGGUUCCCCUUCCAACAGGACAACGACCCUAAGCACAUAGCCAAGACAACGUAGGAGUGGCUUCGGGACAAGUCUCUGAAUGUCCUUGAGUGGCCCAGCCAGAGCCUGGACUUGAACCCGAUCGAACAUCUCUGGAGAGACCUGAAAAUAGCUGUGCAGCAACGCUCCCCAUCCAACCUGACCGAGCUUGAGAGGAUCUGCAAAGAAGAAUGGGAGAAACUCCCCAAAUACAGGUGUGCCAAGCUUGUAGCAUCAUACCCAAGAAGACUUGAAGCUGUAAUCAUUGCCAAAGGUACUUCAACAAAGUACUGACUAAAGGGUCUGAAUACUUACGUAAAUGUGAUAUAUAUAUAUAUUUUUUUUUUUUACAUUUGCAAAAGAUUCUAAAAACCUUUUUUGGCUUUGUCAUUAUGGGGUAUUGUGUGUAGAUUGAUGAGGAGAAAUAACAAUUUAAUCCAUUUUUGAAAAAGGCUGUUUGGGGUUUGGUGAUACGUAUAUUCACACAGGUAAGAUAAACUUCUCGUCAAUGCCGUCAGGUCUUUUUACCUAAAUUGGCACUUCGUGUUUUGAAUAAAGAAAAAAAUUAUCCAGUGCUGUAACUUGCUAUUUCUGAAGUGGGGGAGGAAGUCUACUUGUUGGAAACAAUAACCCCUUAGAAAGUCUGACGUUGUCUUGUCUGUAUAGAGAGUUGGAUGUGAGAUGCAGUUCCUACAGCUCCUCUGUGUGUUGCUCCAUCCCUCACUCCAGGUACAGUCAUGUUCCAGAGAGAACAGAAGAGGAGAGAACAAAGCCCACCAAGGUCACAGCACAGAGGGAGACUGUAGACUCGCCCACAGAGGAAACUUUCAAAACUAGUGGAAACUUUACACUAUUUAACACAGACACAAGUAUAGUAAACCCACACAUCACACUCAGUGAUUGAAACAGUUACUCUCACUGAGCCAGAGAAUGAAGGUAAUGAAGUGACUUUAUUCAAGUGUAGUUAUAAAAUGAAAUAAAGUCUGGGAGGAAAGGCCAUAACCACAGACCACAUUAGUUAUUGUCAGAGACAAACCAACCCACCCACAAAUAUACAAACCAUUUUAACAGGCCCAUAUGUUCCUUUUGUGAUACUACACCAUUCAAACACAGACAUAACAUUCAAAGGCAGACUUUGACUUGGUCGCCAUAAGAAAGUGUGUCAAUAAUGUUUAUCUAAAGUACAUAGUCAACCUGUUCCGGACCUGAAACGUCAGAGAGAGCAGUGUGAGAAAGAGACAUACAGUAUGCCAUUCACCAGCACUGGCACACUUGAGGGAAAACUGUUUACUCUGUAACCUGAUGCAUGCAUUUGGAAAAAUCAGGGAGCUCCUUCUGCCUAUACUAACACAUUGAGUAUAGUCCAUAGUGAUAGAGGUAGACAUGUAUAGGGGACUAGGCAUCAGGAUAUAUGAUAAACAAUGUAUUUAUCUGAGUGGCACUGGUGUGCCCAAGUCAAAAUUCCAUGUGCAUUUCACAGGUCCUGUUUAUAAGUGUGUUCCAAAAAAUAAUCAAGAUUAGGGAAAGUUUUGCCACGGCACACCCGUUGAAAACCACUGCCCUAGAUGACAUGUUUAGAUGACAGUACCAGUUAAAGGUUUGGACACACCUACUCAUUCAAGGGUUUUUCUUUAUUUUUACUAUUCUCUACAUUGUAGAAUAAUAGUGAAGACAUCAAAACUAUGAAAUAACACAUAUGGAAUGAUGUAGUAACCCAAAAAGUGUUAAACAAAUCAAAAUAUAUUUUAUAUUUGAGAUUCUUCAAAGUAGCCACCCUUUGCCUUGAUGACAGCUUUGCACACUCUUGGCAUUCCCUCAACCAGCGUCAUGAGGUAGUCAUCUGGAAUGCAUUUUAAUAACAGGUGUGCCUUGUUAAAAGUUCAUUUGUGGAAUUUCUUUCCUUCUUAAUGCGUUUGAGCCAAUCAGUUGUGUUGUGACAAGGUAGGGGUGGUAUACAGUAGAUAGCCCUAUUUGGUAAAAGACCAAGUACAUAUUAUGGCAAGAACAGCUCAAAUAAGCAAAGAGAAAUGACAGUUCAUCAUUACUUUAAGACAAGUACGGGGGACCAGUACGAAAAAAGUAUGAAAAUGUAAGAGCUCACUACUGUAAGUCGCUCUGGAUAAGAGCGUCUGCUAAAUGACAAAAAUGUCAAAAAUGUAAGAAGGUCAGUCAAUCAGGAAAAUGUCAAUAACUUUCAAAACAAAGUUUCUUCAAGUGCGGUCGCAAAAACCAUCAAGCGCUAUGAUGAAACUGUCUCUCAUGAGGACCGCCACAGGAAAUGAAGACCCAGAGUUACCUCUGCUGCAGAGGAUAUGUUCAUUAGAGUUACCAGCCUCAGAAAUUGCAGCCCAAAUAAAUACUUCACAGAGUUCAAGUAACAGACACAUCUCAACAUCAACUGUUCAGAGGAGACUGUGUGAAUCAGGCCUUCAUGGUCGAAUUGCUGCAAAGAAACCACUACUAAAGGACACCAAUAAGAAGAAGAGACUUGCUUGGGCCAAGAAAUAUGAGCAAAGGACAUUAUGCCGCUGGAAAUGUGUCCUUUGGUCUGAUGAGUCCAAAUUUGAAAUUUCUGGUUCCAACUGCUGUGUCUUUGUGAGAUGCAGAGUAGGUGAACGGAUGAUCUCCGCAUGUGUGGUUCCCACCGUGAAGCAUGGAGGAGGAGGUGUGAUGGUGUGGGGGUGCUUUGCUGGUGAUACUGUCUGUGAUUUAUUUAGAAUUCAAGGCACACUUAACCAGCAUGGCUACCACAGCAUUCUGUAGUGAUACGCCAUCCCAUCUGGUUUGCGCUUAGUGGGACUAUCAUUUGUUUUUCAACAGGACAAUGACCCAAAACACACCCCCAGUCUGUGUAAGGGCUAUUUGACCAAGAAGGAGAGUGAUGGAGUGCUGCAUCAGAUGACCUGGCCUCCACAAUCACCCGACCACAACCCAAUUGAGUUGGUUUGGGAUGAGUUGGACCGCAGAGUGAAGGAAUAGCAGCCAACAUGUGCUCAGCAUAUGUGGGAACUCCUUCAAGACAGUUGGAAAAGCAUUCCAGGUGAAGCUGGUUGAGAGAAUGCCAAGAGUGUGCAAAGCUGUCAUCAAGACAAAGGAUGGCUACAUCGAAGAAUCUCAAAUAUAAAAUAUAUUUUGAUUUGUUUAACACUUCUUUGGUUACUACAUGAUUUCAUAUGUGCUAUUUCAUAGUUUUGAUGUCUUCACUAUUAUUCUACAAUGUAGAAAAUAGUAAAAAUAAAGAAAAACCCUUGAAUGAGUAGGUGUGUCCAAACUUUUGACUGGUACUGUACAUGUUCUCAAUGGGCAGACAAAAAGGAAGGCAGUGAUAGUGUAUGUCAAGUUGUUCAUCACAGAGUUCACAGAGUUUUAGAGUUUUUGGUCUUACAGUAUAUACAGAACCGAACAGAUUGAUGAUGAGUGAUUAUGUCCUGUGUGUUUAGCUACUUGCUGACAAUGAUCAAGUUUAGUAGGUGGCAUGCUGUACCCAGGAUGUACUGUAUGAAACAUUCUGUUUUGGUCUGUUGUUUUAAGAAAAUGUGUUUAAGAUAGCAAACUGAACAAAGUCACAGUAGAAAUGCCAGCCUGGCUGCAAUGAUGAUGGGGGAUUUAUGCAUUUGGAGAUUAUUAUCACAGUGUCAGAGGUCAGAUAUGACCAGGCUGAGAACAUGGUGAUAGCUAGUGGUCCCACGGGAACAGUCAGGGCACAUGGGAAUAGUGGUGACCUCCAGCCAGUACAGCCAGUCUGCGGUCCCCUGGGACCAGUCUGCAGUCCCCUCUCCACAGCAGAUGCCAGUGGAGAGGAUGAAAGGUUCAGAAUGAUGCAUACCGUCUGUAGACACUAGGUCUGGGAGCAGAACCGCCUGUGGGAAAACAGGUGGAUGAAGGGGGAGAGAUGGUGGGUUUGGGGGACCCCUCAGUUAACUUCUCACACAGCAGGUGUGUCUCUGUGAACUUUAAACUAGCAUGCAGGUUUCCCCGUUGCUUUGUACAUGGUUCUGAAAAAUGUAUGAGAACCCCAGGUUCUGUCAGGUUGUGUUGUCUUCGCAGAGGCCGGAGUCGGCAGAUCAGUCACGGGUCAGGAGCCAAUAAUUUCAUCUGAGUGGCUUGGAGCCAGAGCCAUUGGCCAGGGCAGGCUAGGGGCCGGGUUUGGGGACAGGAGAGAGAGGGGAGAGGGCCUCACAGGCAGCCCCAUCCACCACAACACCAGCCAGAGCAGGCUAAGGGCUGAGGCCUGGCUAGGGGCCAGGCUUUUGGGAGAGGAGGGGAGGGAAGGAAAGCACUGUCCACCACAACACCAAGCCAAGUGGAGACAAAAGCUAAAGGAAAUGGUCUUUGUUAAAUUCCAUCUGAAUCUCAAGACCACCACCUUGGACAAACAGCACCCUAAAGGAAGCCCAAUAACAAACAAGCAACUGUGUGAGUCCCUCGUGGAAUCACAAGACUAGGAGCAAGAAACUAUUGAGUGGAAGGGAGUAAAAACAAAAAAGGCAUUCUAGUUCAUUAACAAAUCCAGUAAAUAUUGAUAUGUAGUAGUUUGUAAUAUUGGUUUUGUCACGGAGGUUGCGUAUAAACAGGAAAUGGUAGGAAAUAGGCUGCAUAGCAACAGACCCAAUGUGUUGUGAGUUACAUAAGCUUUGGUCUGCAUCAGUGGUUGAUGCAGUUUUUACACUCUAGUUUUUUUUUCAUAUUCUGUUUGGGUGGUAGAGCAUGGCAGAGAGGAGCGAGAUAGGAGGGGGGAAGGAAUGGAAAAAAUGAGGUGUAUUAGAAAUGAUACUACUGGGAGAAGCUGAGAGGAGGCAAAGUGUAGCCAAGUGACAUCCACUCACUCUCUGAUGAGGAGACAGUUAGGUGUGUGGUGUGGGAGAGUUUAGCAGUGCAGUAACUCUCUCUAUAACACGUUCUCACCAGCUUUCCUCCCACACACACAAUUAGGGACUCUUGCCCCUGCAAAGCAAAACACUCCACUCACACAAGUGACGUAUGUGACAUCACACAUGGUUUUUGUAAUGCUUCUCACAGAAUAUAUGUUUUCUGCCGCUGCCACUUGCUUUUCACUUUUCAUUCUAGCUCCUGCCUGCAUGCUAAGUCUACACAGUGGGUCACUGUUGUCACUGUGUCUAUUGAUAAACAAGAACUUCUGUGUGAAAUUUCAUAUUUCGCUUUAUUUAUAUGAUCUCCUGUCUUUAUCACAUCAUGAAAAUUACGCAGAAGUAAAGGCAUGUUGGUUGUGUGCAUAUGAUAGGCAGAGAAAGUGGUCCAUUGUCCAAUUAUCUUUUGAUUUGUACAUAUCCUACAUUUGACUGUAUCAAGUAUUUGAUAAGCUUUCUCUUUCUCUCUCUCUCGCUCUCUCUCUCUCUCACCCCUUGUAGUUUCUGUCGGAUCGUAUUCUGAAGGCAGCCAGGGUGGUGUAUAGUGUCUUGAUAGAGCGUAACCCUGGCCUGAUCAGAGACAGAAAGCAUCACCUGAAGACCUUCAGGUAUGGAGCCUUGCUCCUGUCAAUGAUUGCAAAUACUACUAUUACUUUGAGCGUUUGUCUUUCUGAAAUUAAAAUACUAGAUCGUUUCCUUGUAGAAAUCUAACUCUCUCGCUUACAGACAAUGUUGUUCGGGGAAAGAGCUUGUUGAUUGGCUGAUGAAGCUAAACGAAUGCUUCCAAUCAAGGAGCCAGGCAGUUGGCAUGUGGCAAGUCCUGGUGGAUGAAGGAAUCAUUGUUCAUGGUAAGAGACUUUAAUCAGAGUGAAUGUAUUAUCAUCAUGUAUUAUCAAAUAUGAUACUUUUUCAAGAAUCAACCACUCCCUGCUGUGAGUGUAACCAAACUCAAUGUUUCCUAUCAUCACAAUGUAGUGAAGCAGGAGUUAAACUUCCAUGACAAAGACACACAAUUUUACCGCUUCCUGGAUUCAGAGUUUGGACUGAACAACAUGACCAAUGAGAAGAAAGCACUGAAUCACACAGCCAAUGAGAAACUCUCACUGAACCACACAACUAAUGAAAAGGACCAAUUAGACGAUGAGCUGCAGGAGGGUUUGUCGUUAUUACUGCAGAUUGGUCCAGAUGCUCUUUUGACCAUGAUUUUACGUAAAUGGUGAGUUCCAUUUUAUUAUACUGUGUGUUUUGUAUCAAGUUUGUUUUACUCUUCAAGUCAAAGGGAAAUUUCCAUCCUCAGAUGGACAAAACACUUGUAUUGUAUUCUAUCUGCUCUCCUCUCCUAUCGUAUCAUAUAGCAUCCUAUUCUAGUCAUAACCUGGGACUGUAUUGUAACCUCUCUGCAGCCCCAGCCAGCGUAGUGCUGAGGACCUGGAGGUGAUAUAUGAGGAGCUGCUUCAUGUCAAGGCUGCUGCUCACCUCUCCUCCACAGUGAGUUACAGCUUCCUAUACUGUCCCUGUCUUUGGUUGCGUCCCAAAUGGAACCCUAUUCCCUAUGUAUUGCACUACUUUUGACCAGGGCCCAUAGGGCUCUGUCCAAAAGUAGUGAACUCUACAGGGAAUAUGGUGCUAUUUAGGAUGCAUACAGCCUGAGUCUAAUCAGAAGAUGUUCAGGAUGUUCUGUAGAAAUGUAAAACCGUGCUACACCAGUCCAUGGCCCAUAUUCACAGUCUCAGAGAAGGAGUACUAAUAAAGCAUCAGUUUUGCCUAGAUCAGUGGUCUUCAACCUUUUCUUGCCCAGGGACCCCCUCCCAGGCAAACCGGCAAUCCAGGGACCCCCAUCAUAUGUUAGCUAAAACAUUCAGGUGAAUGAUAAUGGCAAGGAUAUACAGUCAAAUACUCCAGUGAGUGUAAUUGACUCCAAUUAGUGUAAUUUGCUCAAUAUUAUAAUUUUUUGUUCACGUAAUUUGAAAUAAGAUAUUCUACUUUUUUCUACUGUAGGUAUGUAAAUCAAAAUGUGUUUAUUCUGUUGUUGCUAGCAAUAUUCAUAAUAAUCUUAUUUUUUAAUCACUUUUAUGUAUAUAUAUAUAUACAGUUGAAGUCGGAAGUUUACAUACACUUAGGUGGGAGUCAUUAAAACUAAUUUUCUCAACCACUCCACACAUUUCUUGUUAACAAACUAUAGUUUUGGCAAGUCAGUUAGGACAUCUACUUUGUGCAUGACACAAGUAAUUUUUCCAACAAUUGUUUACAGACAGAUUAUUUCACUUAUAAUUCACUGUAUCACAAUUCCAGUGGGUCAGAAGUUUACAUACACUAAAAUUCCAGAAAAUGAUGUCAUUGCUUUAUGAGCUUCUGAUAGGCUAAUUGACAUCAUUUGAUUCAAUUGGAGGUGUACCUGUGGAUGUAUUUCAAGGCCUACCUUCAAACUCAGUGCCUCUUUGCUUGACAUCAUGGGAAAAUCAAAAGAAAUCAGCCAAGAAAAAUUGUAGACCUCCACAAGUCUGGUUCAUCCUUGGGAGCAAUUUCCAAACGCCUGAAGGUACCAGGUUCAUCUGUACAAACAAUAGUACGCAAGUAUAAACACCAUGGGACCACGCAGCCAUCAUACCGCUCAGGAAUGAGACGCAUUCUGUCUCCUAGAGAUGAACGUACUUUGGUGCGAAAAGUGCAAAUCAAUCCUAGAACAGCAGCCAAGGACCUUGUGAAGAUGCUGGAGGAAACAGGUACAAAAGUAUCUAUAUCCACAGUAAAAAUGAGUCCUAUAUCGACAUAACCUGAAAGGCCGCUCAGCAAGGAAGAAGCCACUGCUCCAAAACCACCAUAAAAAAAGACAGAUUACGGUUUGCAACUGCACAUGGGGACAAAGAUCGUACUUUUUGGAGAAAUAUCCUCUUGUCUGAAUGAAACAAAAAUAGAACUGUUCGGCCAUAAUGACCAUCAUUAUGUUUGGAGGAAAAAGGGGGGACUUGCAAGCCGAAGAACACCAUCCCAACCGUGAAGCACGGGGUGGCAGCAUCAUGCUGUGGGGGUUCUUUGCUGCAGGAGGGACAGGUGCACUUCACAAAAUAGAUGGCAUCAUGAGGAAGGAAAAUUAUGUGGAUAUAUUGAAGCAACAUCUCAAGACAUCAGUCAGGAAGUUAAAGCUUGGUCGCAAAUGGGUCUUCCAAAUGGACAAUGACCCCAAGCAUACAUCCAAAGUUGUGGCAAAAUGGCUUAAGGACAACAAAGUCAAGGUAUUAGAGUGGCCAUCACAAAGCCCUGACCUCAAUCCUAUAGAACAUUUGUGGGCGUGUGAGAGCAAGGAGGCCUACAAACCUGACUCAGUUACACAAGCUCUGUCAGGAGGAAUGGGCCAAAAUUCACCCAAUUUAUUGUGGGAAGCUUGUGGAAGGCUACCCGAAACGUUUGACCCAAGUUAAACAAUUGAAAGGCAAUGCUACCAAACACUAAUUGAGUGUAUGUAAACUUCUGACCCACUGGGAAUGUGAUGAAAGAAAUAAAAGCUUAAAUAAAUCAUUCUCUCUACUAUUAUUCUGACAUUUCACAUUCUUAAAAUAAAGUGGUGAUCCUAACUGACCAAAGACAGGGAAUUUCUACUGGGAUUAAAUGUCAGGAAUUGUGAAAAACUGAGUUUAAAUGUAUUUGGCUAAGGUGUAUGUAAACUUCCAACUUCAACUGUAUAUAUAUACAGUACCAGUCAAAGGCUUGGACACACCUACUCAUUCAAGGGUUUUUCUUUAUUUUUACUAUUUUCUACAUUGUAGAAUAAUAGUGAAGACAUCAAAACUAAUAAAUAACACAUAUGGAAUCAUGUAGUAACCCAAAAAGUGUUAAACAAAUCAAAAUAUAUUUUAUAUUUGAGAUUCUUCAAAGGAGACAGCCUUUGCCUUGAUGACAGCUAUGCACACUCUUGGCAUUCUCUCAACCAGCUUCAUGAGGUAGUCACCUGGAAUGCAUUUCAAUUAACAGGUGUGCCUUGUUAAAAGUUAAUUUGUGGAAUUUAUUUCCUUCUUAAUGCGUUUGAACCAAUCAAAUCAAAUCAAAUUGUAUUUGACACAUGCUCCGAAUACAACAGGUGUAGACCUGACAGUGAAAUGCUUACUUACAAGCCCUUAACCAACAAUGCAGUUUAAAAAAUAAAUAAUAAAAAACAGGUUAAGUAAAAAAUUUAAUAAUACAAAAAAUUAAAGAGCAGCAGUAAAAUAAAAUAACAGUAGGGAGGCUAUAUACAGGGGGUACCGGUACAGAGUCAAUGUGCGGGGACACCGGUUAGUAGAGGUAAUUGAGGUAACAUGUACAUGUGGGUAGAGUUAAAGUGACUAUGCAUAGAGUAGCAGCAGCGUAAAAGAGGGGUUGGGGGGGUGGGGUGGGGUGGAGAGUGCAAAUAGUCCAGGUAGCCAUGGUUAGCUGUUCAGGAGUCUUAUGGUUUGGGGGUAGAAGCUGUUUAGAAGCCUUUUGGACCUAGACUUGGCGCUCCGGUACCGCUUGCCGUGCAGUAGCAGAGAGAACAGUGACUAGGGUGGCUGGAGUCUUUGACAAUUUUUAGGGCCUUCCUCUGACACCGCCUGGUAUAGAGGUCCUGGAUGGCAGGAAGCUUGGCCCCAGUGAUGUACUGGGCCGUACGCACUACCCUCUGUAGUGCCUUGCGGUCAGAGGCCGAGCAGUUGCCAUACCAGGCGGUGAUGCAACCAGUCAGGAUCUCUCGAUGGUGCAGCAGUAGAUCUUUUUGAGGAUCUGAGGACCCAUGCCAAAUCAUUUCAGUCUCCUGAGGGGGAAUAGGCUUUGUCGUGCCCUCUUCACGACUGUCUUGGUGUGUUUGGACCAUGAUAGUUUGUUGGUGAUGUGGACACCAAGGAACUUGAAGCUCUCAACCUGUUCCACUACAGCCCCGUCAAUGAGAAUGGGGGCGUGCUCAGUCCUCUUUUUUUCCUGUAGUCCACAAUCAUAUUUUUGUCUUGAUCACAUUGACAGAGAGGUUGUUAUCCUGGCACCACACGGCCAGGUCUCUGACCUCCUCCCUAUAGGCUGUCUCAUCGUUGUCGGUGAUCAGGCCUACCACUGUUGUGUCGUCUGCAAACUUAAUGAUGGUGUUGGAGUCGUGCCUGGCCUGGCCAUGCAGUCAUGGGUGAACAGGGAGUACAGGAGGGGACUGAGCACGCACCCCUGAGGGGCCCCCGUGUUGAGGAUCAGCGUGGCAGAUGUGUUGUUACCUACCCUUACCACCUGGGGGCGGCCCGUCAGGAAGUCCAGGAUCCAGUUGCAGAGGGAGGUGUUUAGUCCCAGGGUCCUUAGAUUAGUUAUGAGCUUUUAGGGCACUAUGGCGUUGAACGCUGAGCUGUAGUCAAUGAAUAGCAUUCUCAUGUAGGUGUUCCUCUUGUCCAAGUGGGAAAGGGCAGUGUGGAGUGCAAUAGAGAUUGCAUCAUCUGUGGAUCUGUUGGGGUGGUAUGCAAAUUGGAGUGGGUCUAGGGUUUCUUGGAUAAUGGUGUUGAUGUGAGCCAUGACCAGCCUUUCAAAGCACUUCAUGGCUACAGAUGUGAGUGCUACGGGUUGGUAGUCAUUUAGGCAGGUUAUCUUAGUGUUCUUGGGCGCAGGGACUAUGGUGGUCUGCUUGAAACAUGUUCGGUUGUGUUGUGACAAGGUAGGGGUUGGUAUACAGAAGAUAGCCCUAUUUGGUAAAAGACCAAGUCCAUAUUAUGGCAAGAACAGCUCAAAUAAGCAAAGAGAAACGGCAGUCCAUCAUUACUUUAAGACAUGAAGGUCAGUCAAUCCGGAAAAUUUAAAAACUUUGAAACUUUCUUCAAGUGCAGUUGCAAAAACCAUCAAGCGCUAUGAUGAAACUGGCUCUCAUGAGGACCGCCACAGGAAAGGAAGACCCAGAGUUACCUCUGCUGCAGAGGAUAAGUUAAUUAGCCUUAACUGCACCUCAGAUUGCAGCCCAAAUAAAUGCUUCACAGAGUUCAAGUAACAUACACAUCUCAACAUCAACUGUUCAGGGGAGACUGCGUGAAUCAGGCCUUCAUGGUCGAAUUGCUGCAAAGAAACCACUACUAAAGGACACCAAUAAGAAGAAGAGACUUGCUUGAGCAAUGGACAUUAGACCUGUGUAAAUCUGUCAUUUGGUCUGAUGAGUCCAAAUUCAAAAUUUCUGGUUCCAACCGCUGUUUCUUUGUGAGAGGCAGAGUAGGUGAACGGAUUAUCUCCGCAUGUGUGGUUCCCACCGUGAAUCAUGGAGGAGGAGAUGUGAUGGUGUGGGGGUGCUUUGCUGUUGACACUGUCUGUGAUUUAUUUAGAAUUCAAGGCACACUUAACCAGCAUGGCUACCAUAGCAUACUGCAGCGAAACGCCAUCCAAUCUGGUUUGCACUUAGUGGGUUCAUUUGUUUUUCAAUAGCACAAUGACCCAAAACACACCUCCAGGCUGUGUAAGGGCUAUUUGACCAAGGAUAGUGAUGGAGUGCUGCAUCAGAUGACCUGGCCUCCACAAUCACCCGACCUCAACCCAAUUGAGAUGGUUUGGGAUGAGUUGGACCGCAGAGUUAAGGAAAAGCAGCCAACAAGUGCUCAGCAUAUGUGGGAACUCCUUCAAGACUGUUGGAAAAGCAUUCCUCAUGAAGCUGGUUGAGAGAAUGCCAAGAGUUUGCAAAGCUGUCAUCAAGGCAAAGGGUGGCUACUUUGAAGUAUCUCAAAUAUAAAAUAUAUUUUGAUUUGUUUAACACUUUUUGGGUUACUACAUGAUUCCAUAUGUGUUAUUUCAUAGUUUUGAUGUCUUCACUAUUAUUCUACAAUGUAGAAAAUAGUAAAAAAUAAAGAAAAACCCUUGAAUGAGUAGGUGUGUCCAAACUUUUGACUGCAAAAGCAAUGCUCAAUGGAGUAUCGAAAGUGAUUGAAGUGAUCUUUAGUCCAGGAAUACGUUUCAUCUGGGUCCGAGAGCAGGAAGCAGCCCUACUGUAUGUCCUGUAGCGCUAAGGCUUUACACUGCCCCUCCCUCUCACCUCUCCCUGUUUAAUCCUGUCUCAUUUCCUUUCCUUCUUCCUCCUGUAGGUCCGUAAGGAGUUGGCAGCAGUGCUGAUGUUUGAGUCCCAUGCCAAGGCAGGCACAGUCUGUGAGUGUCAUAGUGUUUCAUAGUCCUCUGUGAUGUUUGUUUGAACUGUGGUGGGCGAGAGAGAGAAAGAGAGCCUCACCGGGCCCACAUCACCACCACAGUGCUACAGACGCUCUGUCUCUGUUACCAUCCUCCCCCUCACUGCAGUAUACAACACUGAUGUAAAACCUACUGAAACCUUUAUCUUGGACAAUCAGUCCAUUAGAUUGUCAGAGAAAUCUGUCUGUCCGCAGAGCUCACUGAAACACUGAAACGUCAACUGAAAAUGCCAUGUGCACCUUUGUGAACAUUGGGGAAAAAAUACAGAUCACCAGCAUUUUGCCUCCCAGCCUUUCAUUUUGAUUGGACUUAGUGUCCUUUGGGACAGCAUUACCUGUGAAGCACCGUGCCUACAUCCUUGUCUGGUAGAGAGCUGACUGACUGUUGAGACUGAUGUGAAUCCUGAUUCUCUGUGUGUCUUUGUGUUUCUCAGUGUUCAGUCAGGGAGACAAAGGCACUUCAUGGUACAUCAUCUGGAAGGGCUCUGUCAAUGUCAUCACACAUGGAAAGGUAAGGCCAUUACCCCAGUUAUCUUAAUUGUGUACAAUUCUUUAGUAUACACACUAUAGAUUAAUAUUUGGAUAUAGAGAAUUUGAACUGUAUUCACACUGUACUUACAGUUAAUCAAAUAAAAUGUUGUUGGUCACAUGCACCGAAUACAACAGGUGUAGACUUUACAGUGAAAUGCUUACUUACGAGCCCAUUCCCAACAGUGCAGAGUUAAAAAGUAAGACAAAAAAUGUCUAAAUAAAAAAGGAAAUAGUAACACAAUAAAAACAGCGAGGCUGUAUACAAGGAGUACCAGUACUGAGUCAAUGUGCAGUAGUACGAGGUAGUUCAGGUAAUACAGUAUGUACAUGUGGGUAGGGGUAGAAGUGACUAGGCAAUCAGGAUAUAUAAUAAACAGAGUACCAGCAGCGUAUUUCAAGUGUCAAAGUGUGUCUAUGUGUGGGUAGAGUCUAGUGCGUGUGUGUUGGAGUGUCAGUGUAGUAUGUGUGAGUGUGUGGGUAGAGUCUAGUGCGUGUGUGUUGGAGUGUCAGUGUAGUAUGUGUGAGUGUGUGGGUAGAGUCUAGUGAGUGUGCAUAGAGCCAGUGCAAGGAAGUCAGUGUAAAAUAAUUAAGAUAAAUAAAUAAAUAAUAAAGGGAGUCAAUGUAAAUAGUCUGGGUGGCCAUUUCAUUAACUGUUCAGCAGUCUUAUGGCUUGGGGGUAGAAGCUGUUAAGGUGCCUUUUGGUCGCACUUACAUAGUUAUACUUUGUGUGUGUGUGUGUGUGUGUGUGUGUGUGUGUGUGUGUGUGUGUGUGUGUGUGUGUGUGUGUGUGUGUGUGUGUGUGUGUCUGUGUGUGUGAUGCAGGGUCUGGUGACAACGCUACAUGAGGGAGAGGACUUUGGGCAGCUGGCCCUGGUGAACGAUGCUCCCAGAGCAGCCACCAUCAUCCUGAGAGAGGACAACUGCCACUUCCUACGAGUCGACAAACAGGACUUCAUACGCAUCCUCAAGGUAAGUUUGGUCACAGACUGAAGUUGUGUACGUAUCGUAUACAUACUGAUGUGUGUGUACUGCAUGUAAAGUAGAUACACAUCCUCUUUGAUCACAACCUGCUUUUGUGUACAGUACAUACUCUAUUCAAAUCAGUAGCGGUGCGUGGGUAAAAUCACUGGGGAAGCCAAGCCAAGCCAGUAAAAAAUACAUAUUAAAACCUAUGUUGUGAUAUUUGCGUUGUUUGCUCUAUAACCCAUUUGUUCAUACACCACCAUGAUAUACAAUAAGGCUGUGACAACAAAAAGACAACAGUCACACAGUGGCGGAAUAAAUUAAACUAUACAUACGUUUGUUUCAUCACAAAACCGGAGAGCAACAUCUGUCCGGUGAAGUCGACAAAGCAAAUAUUGCAUGUAACAAAUUCAACUUAAACAUUUAAACAUCAUCAAAUCAACAAGGCUAUAUACAGUAUGCUUAAUUUAAUACACUGAAAACAAACUUAAAGAUACCAAAAACUAUUUAGUUCAAUCAAUGUUGCUAAAUAUCAUGUGGCUGUCCAUGGUACUGAUUUCUCUCUGUGUGUGUGUGUGUGUGUGUGUGUGUGUGUGUGUGUGUGUGUGUGUGUGUGUGUGUGUGUGUGUGUGUGUGUGUGUGUGUGUGUGUGUGUGUGUGUGUGUGUGUGUGUGUGUGUGUGUGUGUGUGUGUGUGUGUGUGUGUGUGUGUGUGUGUGUGUGUGUGUGUGUGUGUGUGUGUGUGUGUGUGUGUGUGUGUGUGCUUGCGCGCAAGUAAAAAAAAAAUAUUACUCACCCUAUUUGUAGACUAGUAUGCCAUCCUCCUCUCUUUCAUGUUGGAAAAACCAUCUAAAGCUUUGUCAUACAGUACGCUUUUAGCUUUUGUUUUCAUGGCUACCUAGCUAAAAUGCUUGCUAGCCUAACUUCCUUGCAUGGGAAACAAUUAACCAGCUAAGUUAGCUAACUAGUUAACGUGAGCCUACUAGGCUACAUAUAGGCUACAUAUUGAACUUCAAUCAUCUCAGGCCAGUGGUACAAUAUAUGAAUUUAUGGUUAGAUCAGAAUCGCCAUCAUAAUCAUUGGCCUGUACAGAGAAUUAAGACAAAACCACAAAUCCAAAUUCCCAUCUCCAUCCAUGUCUUAGGAAAGGGCCGAUUUAGCAAGCUAGGUACUGCAGGAUAUCAACACAAGCAGACCAGAAACAGACACGUUUUCUGACAUUUAUGAGAUUUUGCUUGGAAUGUGAUUUGAUUGGUGUGAAGCCAAAUCCAAACUGGCCUCCCUUGGGGGCGUUUUGCUGCACAAGGACAACGCACAGUUGAGCUCAGCUCAACGCUGAUUGGCUCAUUCCUUUAUUCUUUUUUUCCUUUAUUUUUUAUCAAGAGAUUCCAAAUGCUUGCUGGCGUCAAUCAAUCAAAUGCUACGGCGGCAACGUGUCAUACUCUUUUUGUCCAGACAGCAUCAGAUACAUGGGCUACACACACACAGACAGAGGGGCACUGUUUCCCUCGCUCGGAUGAGAUUCAGCCACUUGCGAAUUGACGGGAAAUUAUGAAAACACAGAGAGACGAAAGAUAAAUUAUUUUAUAAAUUAUUAUUUUUUAUUGGUCAAAUAUUUGGGGAAGGCUGGCUUCCCUUGGCAUCCAUGAAUACAUGCCACUGAUUCAAAUAUGCCUAUUGCAUUUCCUUAAAGGUCUACGUAUCCACGUGUACUGUGUACAGUGUGUACUGUAUGUAAAGUGUCUAUACGACUGUGUGUUUACAUUGUGUUUCAGGAUGUGGAAGCUAACACCAUGCGUCUGGAGGAACAUGGCAAAGCUGUGUUGGUGCUGGAGAAGGCUGAGUCAACCAAUCAUGGAGGGGCAGGAAACAGCAGCAAGUAAGACACACCCACCUUUCAUAGAAUAUACUGUAUAUCAACAAUCAGUCAAACAAGCACUUAUACAUUAAUCAAGACCUAAAUAAACACACUCCUCUAAGGCAUUUUUAGACCAAUGUCAUGUAAACAAACAUUUUUGCUAUAGAAUAUUACAUGUGCAAGAAACAAGCACUGUUUUAGUUAACAGUGUUGUUAAUUGUGGCAGUUAUCUGCCUGCCUAUUGUUGAUUCAACACAGAAAUAGACCUCAACCCUGUUCAGUUGAAUGGACUGCGCUUUGUUAUCUCACUUCAAGUGUUUUAGCAAAUGUUGAGUUUAAUUAAUGUGAUGCUCAAUGGCUGCCUCUUUAUACUGUUAACCAAUGUGUCCACCUGUUGCUCUUUCCACACUACACACAUACCUACACUCUCUCCCUCUCCCACUGAUCCUCUUCCCCUCUCCUUCUCCCUCCCCCUCCCCUCUCCCUCUCCCUCUCCCUCUGCCUCUCCUCUCCCCCUCUCCCUCGUUCUUCCCCUCUCCUCUCCCUCCCCCUCCCCCUCCUCUCCCCUGAUCCUCUCCCUCUCCUUCUCCCUCCCCCUCCCCUCUGGCCUCUCCCCUCCCCUCUCCCUCUGUUUACUCCCCCUCCUCCUUCUCCUCCCCCUCCCCUCCACCUGACCUCUCCCCUCUUCUCCCGCCCCCUCCCGCUUCCUCCUCUGGCCUCUCCCCUCCCCCUCUCCCUCUGUUACUUACUUCCCCCUCCUCCUUCUUCUUCUCCCUCCCCCCUCUCCCCUCCCCUCUCCCUCUUUACUUUCCCCUCUCCUUCUCCCUCCCCCUCCCCCUCUCCCUCUGCCUCCCCCCUCUCCCACUCCCUCUCCUACACACUCAGGUAUACAGUGAUGUCUGGAACGCCAGAGAAGAUCCUAGAACACCUGCUUGAGACAGUGAAGCUGGAUACUAAUGGCAAUGAUGCAAUAGGUAGGAAACCUGUAUGGCUUGCCUUGUAUGGGUCCAAACGUCUCUCUACUAUAGUGGCUGGACCCCUCUAUGUCGCUGGACCACUGACAUACUCUCACUGUUUUAAAUUCAAAGAACAGGAGUUCCUCUUUUAAAACACACUAUACUGUACCAGGAUGACCAUACAGUAGUUUCACCUCUGAAUCCUCAGCCAAACUUUAAAGAUAGUUUCUGGUUUCAUGGGAACUGUUUGUUUUGGUCAUUCACAUGAAACAGCCAACAAAGACAGAAAAGAACAGGCAGAAUCAGGCCUGGCACAUUCCUGGCUAUUUAUUUUAUGUCAGCUCGCUAAAAACCAUCAGAUGACUCAUUGCGGUGGUGUUUUUCAGGGAGGAAGCGGAUGGGACACAAAGUGGAGGGACACAGAGUGCCAUUAGUCCUCGUUAGUGAGUUAUGUGUUGUUCUGUCUGUGCCCACAGAUCCCUGUGUGAGUGACUUCCUGCUAACCCACAGGGUCUUCAUGCCCUCCAGCCAGCUUUGCCCGGCCCUGCAACACCAAUAUCCUUUAGAUGAUUAUGAUGAUGGUGAUGAUGAUGGUGGUGGUGGUGGUGGUUGUGUGAUGUCAUAAGUUGUUGUGUCUAAUUCUAUUUGCUUACAUUUUGUCUCUAAGAGGAUCACAUACCCAACAUUUGUGGGAGUAUUUUGAAUCUGUCUACCAGAAAACAAAUUAAACGUUUAAAAUGUUAUUAAAUUAAACGAAUUAACAUAAUUCAACCAAAGCAUCCAGCUCCUCAAGCUGAAGAGACAGACUAGUGUCUCUUCAGUCGACAACAGCUCAGACAGUGGUCUAAUCUAGAAUAGCUGUGUUAAGCUGUUGUUCAGAUGGGUUGGUUCUCUUCCUUAUCCAUGAGUGCACCUACCAUGCCGACCCUUCUGAGGGCUCAGAUCUGGAGAAGGCAGCCUAUGCCCUCAACACCAAGCAGAAGAUAGUGAAGCUGAUUUGCCAGUGGGUGGCGCUGUUCGGCCAGCUGCUCAAAGAUGACCCCAUCGCUGUAGACUUCCUGGCGGUGAGUGAGGGCCGGGGGGUAGUGGGAUUCUCUAUAACCAAACACAUAUUCAUAGAUUAUAUAUGUAGUAUAGAUUUAUUGAUGAUCUAUAGAGUAUAACAAAUAGCAGAGCCUUAUAUCAUUGUUAUCCAAAUAUAUAUUUUAUACAGUAAAUUGUGCAGGAUAUUGUAUUGAAUGAUGGCCUGUGUGUUGUUUAUGUGUGUUGUGACCAUAAAAAUACUAUAUACAUUCAGUGUUUAUACAUAGUGUUUCUAUGCAUGACAGAGGCUGGGGGAGGAGGUGGCAGGUGACUCCCGUCUGUCCGGUAUGCUGAGGGAGCAGCUCAGAGACAGGAGGAGAACCAGAGUGUGAGUAGGAACACAUUACCCAGGGUGCAUCUGAAAUGCACGACUUUUGGGCCCAUAGGGUGAAUAAUGGUGGUCAAAGUUCAAUAUAGUAUGGGAUGGAUGUAAGCCUUGUGAUCACAGGAAUGUGAAACAAUAGCAAAAGUCAGGUGCUUUCCUUUACAGUCAUAUUGAUGACAUUAUGCAGUAUCGUAACCAAGCCAAUAAGAGUAUUUAUGGAAUCUGGACUUGAGAUUUGAAUUAGGUUACUAUCAUUUUUGUAUUUUUCAAUAUCUUUCCAGGCUUGAGAAUGAACACGGGUCACUGACAAGGGUAAGUUGAACCACAUUACAGGCUCAUAAAGGUCAUUCUUGCACACACAAAUACAUCUGCAUCUCUGUUUAUUACCACAUUAAAGGCUCUCUUUACUUAGACAGAUUGGGAGAUAGCAGAAGAAACAAUACAACUCCAACCUUUAUAACACAGCAUGUUAGUCUUCAGAGCUGCUGGAGCUAAAAGAUAAAACAUUAAAAUAAUUUUAAAAACAUAGAGAAAUUAAAAGUCACACUUGUGGCUGACUUACUCUGUCUAUUGUUUGUUUCCAUUAGCUUAACCAUCAGUUUGACUGGUUCUCCAGUUGUGAGGAGCAAGUGGGGAAGUGUCUGCCAAUCAGAUCACAGGACAAAGGUCAGUGAGACUACCAUGAAACUUGAAGGAUCAGAUUAUAUUAUGUCAACCAUAGCAUGAUAAUAACUAUGUCAUGAAUAGCAUGGUAAUGACUAUGCUUUUCUAUAAUGACACAAAAUAUACAAUUGGCCUUUUAUUUCUUUACUGUUUAUUAACUAUUGGUUAACCAUUGGCAGCCCACUGUAACCAUGAAAUGCACUUACAGAUUGAUCAAUGUUAAUGGUUGUUGCUAUACUUUGUUUUAAAGGUCCAAUGCAGCCGGUUUUUUUUAUCUCAAUAUCAAAUAAUUUCUGUGUAAAAAUUAAGUACCUUACUGUGAUUGUUUAAAAUGAUUAAAAAUGUCAAAAAUAGCUUCUUAACAAAGAACAAUUUCUUAAGCAAGAAUUUUCCUAGGACUGUCUGGGAGUGGGGAGGGGAAAAGUGAAAACGAACUGUUAUUGGCAGAGAGCUUCGGAGCUCUCUUUCUUAUUAGUCUAUUAACAAAUUUACCACCUGGUGAUGUCACCAGGCAGGCCAAAACUCCAUCCCACCGAAACAGGCUGACAUUUCAGGUGGUCUUUUCAAAUAGCUCUUACACUAAAAGGGCAUUAUCAUUAUUUUCACAAUUUCACAGUAUUAUUCCAACCUCAUAAUGUGGAAAUAUAUAUAAAACACAGGACAAUCAAAUUUUUGACUGCACUGGGCCUUUAAUGCUUAACUUCCUUUCCCAUGUCUCUGUGUUUUCUCUCCUAGUAUUGUGUGAGAUCUUCCGGCCAGACCAUACGUCAAUCACUCUGAUGCUGCCGGUGAACACCUCUGUUCAGGAAAUGAUGUCAUCGCUGGUAAACCCAGGAGGAGACCACGUCCUGGUCAAAAUGAACUCCAUGGGAGGUGCGUGGCUAUUUUUUAUUUUUCCAUUUCACCUGGAAGCAAUAUGAAGCCCUUUUCUAAGAUACAGCUGUACAGGAUAUUCAUUAUUUCCCUUUCAGUUGACACACUUGGUACAAUACUCCCUCCUUCAGGCAAGAGCAGUUAUAUUCAUAACUUUACGAUUUUGUAUAUGUGCAUGUUAAUGUCUUGUAACAUGUAAAUUGAGAUUAUGGUAAGUUUUAUUGGGUGAGUGUGUAGCUCUCAGUGAGUGUUGAUGUUAAGUUGGGAUGUGUGUCUCUGAGGUAAUUUGUAUUUGCUGUAUCAUAGACAGGACUCAGCUGAAGCUGGAUACCACAUCAGUCUACACCUCCCUGGGGCUGAAUGAGAAACUCUUCCUCUGCACUGCCAGCCAGGUGGAACAACUUGUGAGUCCUAACCUCCUCUCAUCACCUACAAUCUAUACCUACUCCUAUACCUACUCUAUAGUCUCUCAUGGCUGCUGAGAUGAACAUAUAUAACUUAUAUAUAACUGAAGAACUACACUGCAUGGUGAAUCAAACAAAAACAUCCCCAGACAGUCAUCAUAGCAUACCGUUUAUAGAUAUUUGUGUGAUGUCAUGGCAUUAUUUAUGGUGGUUGUUCUCUGGCACUUUACAGACGCCCCUGAAGGAGCAGCAGGGUCCUGAUCAAAGCACCAUUGACACUUUGGAGCAGAUGUGUUCCAAGGACAUCGCCAGCCAGCUCACCAACUACGACUGGGAACUGUUUACCGCCAUGCACGAGGUAAGGAAGGAAGCGAGGUGAGCCCAUGCCAGAGCUGUGCCAAUAUUGUGGAGUGGAAGUUAUGGAUUUGGGACCAGCAGCAUAAGAGUUAAAAGUGGAGAAACUGUGGUCUAUGCUUGCAAUGGGCGCUUGUGUGGAAUCAUUUGCUACCCAGCUUUAAAUACUGAGUAUCACCAGUAUGCCCCAUUUCCCUGAAUAAGGGGCUUAGUUAGUGAGAAUGAGGUAGAAACGUUUGAAAAUGUAUGCAAUCACUACUACUGUAAGUCGCUCUGGAUAAGAGCAUCUGCUAAAUGACUCAAAUGUAAAUGUCAAUUAGGGGUAUGACAUCUAUCUCACAUGUGGGUAUGCACUGUGGUAGGUAGCUGGUUUUACAAGGCCUGGUGACUCAGAUGUGAGCUGUCUCAGUCUGUCUCAGAACAAUAAUAGCCCUGUUUAAAUUCUAACAUCUGUGGUAGGUAGCUGGUUUUACAAGGCCUGGUGACUCAGAUGUGAGCUGUCUCAGUCUGUCUCAGAACAACAAUAGCCCUGUUUAAACUCUAACAUGCGUCCUUCGUCCUGAUCUUGUCUUGAUCUUGUCCUAUUACACUUGUAAGAUCUGAUCAAAAUCAGUUAACAAAAUGUAUUUGAAUCGUCUACACCUGUCUGAAAAAGUGGGCACAAUCAGAAUGUGAACUUUUUCCGAACACAGGGCACAUGUUAGCACCAGGUAUAAACAGGGCUAAAGGAUUCGCUGUCUGUCACUCAGGCAUGUGUCUGAGUCAUCCUCUCUCUGGUAACUGUUACUGCAGCAUCAUAUCAGUCAUCAGGUCAUCUCUUCACCUGACACACUACUUCCUGUAUUGGCCACGUGUUCAUCUGACAUACACACCUCUUUUUAUGUAACGUUUAUUUAACCAGGUUGUCCCACUGAGGUCAAAAUACCUCUUUGACAAGGAAAACAAGUUCAAGUCAAGUUCAAAUGUUAUGCCAAAUUGUAGGUUUAGUCCAUUGGAUGGUUGCUUGAUAUAUUUGGGUACAUACAAAUACUUUGGAUCUGUGUUUAGUGUGCUACAGUGCAUAUGGAUGGUAAAUUAAUGUGUUUCUCCCACCAGGUGGAACUAGUCUACUAUAUAUUUGGGCGACAUAAAUUCCCGGGCGCCACCACAGCUAACCUGGAGCGUUUUGUGCAUCGCUUCAACGAGGUGCAGUACUGGGUGGUGACGGAGGUGUGUCUAUGUGCUGACCUGGUGAAGAGAGCCAUGCUGCUGAAGAAGUUCAUCAAGAUGGCCGCAAUGUGAGUCUCACUUAAAUUAAGACACAGUUUACCUUGUAUCGUGCAGAUGAAUGACUAUGUUAUCUUAGGGGUAAAUAUCCCUAUGGAGCAGUAUACUAUAUUGGUGAUUUUGUUCAAUAACACACUAUAUACAAAAAAUAUUGAACAUACCAGCAGAAAUCAUGUUUUCAUAUCCAGUUAAAAUAUUGGUAAUGUCUGUAGACACUGAUGCUCUAAGAACCAUUUAGGUAAUGUAUAUGUUUAGUUGAGUUACUGGCUGUGUUUCCUGUUUCAGGUUGAAGGAGCAGAAGAACCUCAACUCAUUCUUUGCUGUGAUGUUUGGUCUAAGCAACAGUGCUGUACAGAGACUUUACAAGACCUGGGAGGUGAGGCCUGCUGGGGACAAUGACCUACAUUUUCAUGAUCGCUUAUAAUAACAAUUUAUUUUAUUUAUAACAUAUGUGAAAUGGAUAUCAGAGGAGUAACAGUAACAGUUGUUGUUGUUGUUGCUGUUGAAAGAGAGUGCCGAGUAAGACGAAAAGGGUCUAUUGUGCCUACGAGAGGUUAAUGGUGAGUGAGUUCAUGUGUGCACACUUACAAGCUUUAUAACAAAGUGUUCUAUUAAAUGUCAUAGAUAACAACAGGUGACAUCACAGCCCACUUGUCAAUCCCUUCCCCUCAUUUUCAUUAUGUGUAUGAAUCAUGUUUUCCUCCCAUUGUAAUAUGUGCAUUUUUUGGCCUAUAUUUCCUUUAUAACUAGAGCUAAUGGAGAAGUGUGUGUAUUUCUGUUAAUGUGUCAGGAUCCGUCACGUAACCACAGAGCCUACAGACUGGCUGUUGCAAAGCUCAGUCCUCCCUACAUCCCCUUCAUGCCCCUGCUACUCAAAGGUAAUAAUGCUUUGUUAGAAACCUCUUGUGAGAGAUGUAAAUAAUAAUAAUAAUAUGCCAUUUAGCAGGCGCUUUUAUCCAAAGCGACUUACAGUCAUGCGUGCAUACAUUUUUUUGUGUACGGGGAUCGAACCCACUACCUUGGCGUUACAAGCGCCGUGCUCUACCAGCUGAGCUACAGAGGAACACCUGCUGUAACAUUCAAUACCUGAGUAAAGUCUAUAUGACCCUAUACUGAACCAGUAUGUUGUUCUGUUUGCCAACUGUUUCUCUAGACAUGACAUUCAUCCAUGAGGGAAACAAGAACUACACGGACAAACUGGUCAAUUUUGAGAAAAUGGUGAGUUGUCUAGCCUAAAUAUCAAAUUCUUACCUAAGUUAUGUCUUCUCUUUUUGUCUGUAAACUAUUGGCUUAAUAAGCCACCUUUUCUUUUCACCGUUUCAGCGCAUGAUUGCCAAGACAGUGAAGAUAGUUCGAGGGUGCAGAAGCACACCUUACGGUAAGACAACAAAAGAAAAAUGUUGUAGAAAAUAAUGGAAUAAGGACAAUGUUGGGACAUGGUGUUCACUUUCUAUGGUUCUUUGUCCUGCAGUGCCUUCCUCACCUCAGAAGGGACUCGCAGACAGAAUGUUUCUGGAGGCGCCUUCCAUUCGGGUGUCCACAUGUAAGCUAUGCCACAAGCUAUGCCUCAUCUACAAAAUAAGUCAAUGCUUAACUCAUUUUCCACUCAGAGCUUCAAAUGAGAUUAAGUAAAUGUAGCUCUUCUGUGUUGUGUUAAAAAACAAUCUCCCUCCUUGUCUCUUGUCCAGAUUCCGAGCAGUCCCUCCCUCUCCGGAAUCCUAGCAACAUCCGCCACUAUGUUCAGAACUUUGAAGUGAUCGACAACCAGCGCAAACUGACACAACUGUCCAGGGGACUGGAGCGCUGA